GUUCUGGCACGGCGGACCGACAACAUUACAGAAUCCAAACAAAUAUACCUAGUCAAACGUCUUGACAGCAACACAGCUGUCGAUUUUCGGAAUUGGUUGACUGCAAUCAUUUUGUGAAAUAUGGUCGCGAGCGGCGACGUCAAAUAAGCCAAGAUGAUAUCGCGGCAGGCCUAUGCGCCCACCCCUCACAGCUAUGUCCCCAAUACCACCAUGUCGGCCACCAUCAACCUCGAUGAGGAGGUCAAGCUAGCUGACUCACGUGCCGAACGAGAUUUGCAAGACUCGCUCGCCGAGAUCUUCUCCAUCAUCGUCACGCUUGAUGAGCUGGAGAAGGCCUUCCUCAAGGAUGCAAUUCCAGAAGCAGACUACACCGAGAUCUGCGAGCGCUCGCUCAAGCAGUACAAGUCCAUCCUGGCUGACGAGACGGUCGCUAAUACUUUUGUGGGCUUGGAAGAAUUCAAAGCCGAGUGGGAUCUCGAGGUUCCAAGAGCCACGGAGCGACUGAAAGUAGGCAUGCCGUCCACAGCAGUUAAUGCGUCUACUGGCGCUGCUGCGGCCCCAGCGGCAUCGACAAGCAACAAAUCAGGAGCAUUGAUCCUGGAAGCAACUACGGAUUUCAUCACAUUCUUGGAUGCGUUGCGACUCGGUAUGCUGGCAAAGGAUCAGCUUCAUCCUCUCUUGACAGAUGUCAUCCAGAGUGUAAACAAGGUCACAGAUCGAGAUUUUGAAAACCGGGGGAAGAUCGUACAGUGGCUCAUCACCUUGAAUCAGAUGAAGGCCACGCAGGAGCUGAGCGAGCAUCAACAACGAGAGCUGGAGUUAGACAUCAAUUCGGCCCUUCAAGGAUUUAAGAAUAUUCUUUAGGCCGUGCAUUGCCAUCAGCUGUUCGCUGCUUCUAUAUAUGAAUGCAACCGCAGUCCUGUCGCUGUUUAUUACAAUGUGCACUUGCGGCUGAAGGAUGCAAGCAGUAGAUUGGAUGCUCAGAUAUAGCCCUCUAAUAUAGAUAUAUCCUUCUUUGGAACCAGA